AUGCCCAGCCGCACGAAGAAGGCAGAGGCCUCCGAGGAUACCAACAUGGAGGAUAUUCCCACGUCGGCGCAGCCAGACCAAGAGCAGGCUCAGGAAACCGGUGACGAUAUGGAGGAAGAUACUUUGGAGGAGGACGGAAAGGCAGAAGAAGAGGAAGAUGUUGUACAGAGAGUCAGAAUUCUACCCGGAUCGUCUGCGACAGCAGCUUCGUUCGAGUUUCUGGAAGAGGGUCAUACUCUAGGCAACGCGCUGCGAUAUAUGGUCAUGAAGAAUCCUGAUGUUGAGUUUUGCGCCUAUUCUAUUCCUCAUCCUUCAGAAUUCAAGAUGAACAUUCGCAUUCAGACAUAUGAUACGACAACAGCCACUGCGGCGCUGGCCAAGGGCUUGAAGGACAUGGAAGAUCUGUGUGACAUAGUGGAGGAGAAGUUCUGGGCGGCACGAAACGACUUCGUUGCAAAGCAAUAG